CAAACCUGUCAAAAAUCGUUUCGCACUGCCUGGUUGUCUGUCGUCCAAUAGUCGUCGUUUUCGCGUGGUCGCGUGUUUACAAUUUGGCUGGCGUUGGUUUCGUAACAACUCUGGAGGCGAGGUUCUACAUCUGAGAAAGACAGAAAAAAGCUAGCAGAGCUCGGUGAUUGUCUGUCUGGAACUAACGGUACCGUUUGUAAAAGUUCUUUAUGCUCGCCGAGGCUGCCAAUUUAAAGGGUUCAUUGUUUGUGAUGUUUUUAAAGGCCAGUGUGCGUUGCAACAGUGAUAAAUUCUGAUCGAAUUUUGUGGCGUCGCGUGAAAUACCUUCGCAGACAAAAGAAGUUCUGCAUUGGGGUAGUCUCAGAAGAAAACAGCAAAAGUUCAAUCCCCAUGCAGUAAGAGUAUUGAUUGGUUGAUUUUCACUGUGAUAGUGUUACAUGUGCCGCAUUUUGUUGCAUCUUGCUAUCAAGUGGUGCAAUAGUAGUUAUCAGAAUACUAUUUUCUGGGAAUAGUGGUGUGCAAAAUUCCAACUUACUGCGGUUACAUGUGAUACGGCUGUAAUACUUCUACGUUGCCUUGCGCGGAUCACACUUACAUCAGCAGCUUAGUAGCGACCCCGCGAAUCGUACAUCACGCUAAACAAGGAGUACCUACAUCGACGAAACCUCCAGGAAAAGACGACAGUCGGACGUAGAUACGCGAUACGCACACACUGCCCUGUCCCACAUCAACAGCAUUAUCAACAUCCUCAGUAAACGCCAAGCAGCCCUAAUAGCACAACAAUCUCGUGCGAGACUUCGGUGCAAGGAAACGCGCUACGACGAUCAUCCGCCUCAGCACAGCACGAACCGUAAUCAGCGAGACGAAACCGUUGCUGCACCAGAGCUAGUGUAGCUACUAGCUAGUGUACGACGGAUAGUUUUCCUAAUUAAAUUUGACGUCAAUAUAAACAUAUUCAAACGGCGGAAACAUGAACUCGAAGCCCCCGUCUUUGAAUGGAGCGGCGGUGGGUGGCCAACCCCUGAUCCCGUACAACAUCGAUUGGAUCUUUCCCAAGCUGCGGAGACCGUCUCGGCUGUGGCACAUUGCUAGCACCGGAGUCAUCGGAUUGGUGGGAUUUUUCUCCAAGAUUGUGAUCGUGUGGCUCAACAAGACUCGUGUCCACAACAUUGAAGUGCUGGAAAACCUCCUGGAGAACCGCCCGAAGGGAACGCCCCUGCUGACCGUCUCCAAUCAUCACUCGUGCUUCGAUGAUCCCGGCAUGUGGGGACUGCUGAAGCUUCGACUGCUCAAACUGCGCAACGUUUGCAACCACAACGUGAUCCGGUGGUCGAUGGCAGCUCAUGACAUUUGCUUCACCAACAAAUAUCAUUCGCUAUUCUUCAUGUACGGUAAGUGCAUCCCGGUCGUCCGAGGAGCCGGGGUCUAUCAACCGGCCAUCGAUCUCUGCAUAGAGAAGCUGAAGCUGGGCCACUGGGUGCACGUGUUCCCCGAGGGGAAAGUCAACAUGACCAAAGAAGAUCUCAGGUUCAAAUGGGGCGUAGGGCGGAUAAUCUACGAAACACCCAUCUUGCCAGUCAUCAUUCCCAUCUGGCACAUUGGGAUGGAAACGGUGCUUCCAAACGAGCCACCAUACUACCUUAGGUUGGGCAAGAAACUGACGUACAAUUUUGGUAAGCCGAUCGACUUGAAUGCUGUGAUGGAACGGCUGAGGACGAAUCCCGUUUCCGAGGAGGAAGCACGGAAGAUAAUCACCGACAAGAUUCAGGAGGAGAUGAUGAUCCUCAAGGAAGAAACCGAGCGGUUACAUUUCGACUACAUCAAGAGCAGCUGAGACGUAGAGAAGGGCUCGGAGGGAGCCACCGACUGAUAGUGGAAGCAAAAGACAUUCGCACCGAAGUCAAGUAAUUACUGAGUACAGCUCGAUAAUGACGGAACUUGGAGAUCGUGCAAAAAGUGACGAACCGCUAAUGUUAUAAAACUAAUUUUAACCUACUUGUUAUAAUGUCAUAAUUCCAUCCAAUCCCGGAAGCUCGUGUGAUUCCAAAAUGAUAUUGUUUCCAAUCUUGUCAUAAUUCUUUCACACCUCUUGCGUACCUAGAGCACCUCUUAACUUUGAACCUGAGUCACCGUAGUUUGCCAUAGCUCCAGAACUGAAAUAGCCCUCUCAAUUCACAUUUAAAUAAGUAUAAAAAAAUAUGCAUUUGCUCCAUCCAUUGUUAAGAAUGAUAGUUUGUAGACGAGAACUGAGAUUCGCCCACGCCGUUUUUCUAGUCAUCUUGGAAUGUUUGGCGUACUGUUGACAACGAUGAAAUCAGACCUGCUUGUUAAGAGAUAAUUGUUAGACGAGGACCGAUAGGAUGAAGAACGACCGAAGAGGCUUACCAAUGUGUAGUUUGGAAAGGGGGAAAGUUUAAACGAUGAAUUUUGUUUGAAGGAUUUUAUAUGACAUUAUACAGAAAACCAUUCCUCCAAAAACCGUUCACCAGUAUCUGAUUCUCCAGAAUUUAAUUUAAUUUUAUUUUAUUUUUUCAAUAUCUAUAUGUCUAAAUAUCAUAAAAAAUUGAAAGUCGUAAAAUGGCCUGUGCUUGUAUCUUUAUAUUGAUGAAGAGAGAGAAUUUAGAAUAUCUCUAAUGUAUUAUUCUUAUUUUCUCUGUAACAAUCAUGAUCCGCAACACAUCAUGAGCGUAUGUUUAUCAUCUUCUGCUACAGCUCUGAUUAGAUCGGGGAGAUAACAGUGCAUGAUAAACAAUUCGAGUACAUGAGGGACAAUUCGAAAGUUAUUGAAUUCGCGAAUUUGCGAAACUGGCUCUUGAUGAUGAACGUUACGAAAUGCCUUGAACUAGGCCAAAUCCUGAAGAUUUGCAACUCAAAAUUAAGAACAUUUGUUUCAGCUUUCUUUCCUACAUUGCAUAUUAUAUACUUUAUAUUUUUCGGUAAACUUCAUUUGUUUUCAAUUAUGUCGUCUACUGUUUUAUUUUUGUUAUUAUAAUCCAUCUAACUUUCUCUUUAUGUAUAUAUUCUAGGGAAUGAUACAUUCUGGAAAAUGAGAUUCUGGGAAAUGAUUUUCGAAUGAAUGGUUUUCUGGGGCAUGUUAUAGAAUCGGUUCAUAGUUUCCCUUUUAACUAUUGGUAGCUAGUUUAGUACCUUAAUUCAUUUGAAGGUUAGAUGUUGAGAAAACUACAAUUUAUAAAUAGCUAAAUUGUCAUUAUGAAAUUAUCACAAUUAAAUGCAUUAAAUGCUGAUAAGUAAUUAAAGUUGAGUUAAAAUUAAA